GCUGCCAUGACAACCACUCAAAACAUGCAACAGACCAUCCCAGGGUCUGGCCCUGGUGUACACGAGAUGGGACAGUCUGUUCCGGCACAUUCUUAUCUGUGGAAAGGAAUGAAAGAGAAAUUCUUGAAAGGGGAACCCAAGGUCCUCGGGGUAAGUCAUCUACUGAUCUGGGAGAAGAUCAGUAGUGUUGGAAGUAGCCUAGGAAUGAACAUCAUCAGUUCAGUCUUGGCUGCCUCAGGGAUCAUAAUAACUUCUAUCAGCCUGAGUUAUACACCAUUCCAUUAUUCUCAUUGUGUCCAUGAUAAUAUGCAAGAUAAAUGCACCAUGAUUGUGUCCAUUUUAACGGGUAUGGAUGGUAUAGUGCUUGUUUUAAGCGUGUUGGAGUUCUGCAUUGCUGUGUCCCUAUCUGCCUUUGGAUGCAAAGUAGCCUGUUGUAACUAUGGUAAUGGG